AUGGAGUUUGCAGAAAUAGUGAUUCAGUUUAGUUUAUUUGAUGCUAUGAAGCACCCGUCAGAGGACCACUCUAUUCUUAGCAUUGAUAUAUCAGAUGAGUUGACUAGUGUGGACUUGAUUUCUGGAUUUGUGUCUCGGCUGGAUAUUCUGAGAGUGACGAGUUCAAAUACAAUUCUAAGGUUUCUGCUGAUGUUGAUGGAGGAUAUGAAACCAGUGAGACAACCACAGCGAAGACUUAAUCCAUUGAUACUCGACGUUGUAAAGAAAGAGGUGACUCAACUUUUACAGGAUGACAUCAUUUACCCUAUUUCUGAUAGCAAAUGGGUAAGUCUGAUCCAUGUGGUUCCUAAGAAGUCGGGCAUUACAGUGGUAGCUAAUGAGGCUAAUGAGUUGGUGCUGGCCAGAAUUCAUAAUUCAUGGAGAGUUUGUGUGGACUUUAGGAAACUGAAUCAGGCUAGCAGAAAGGACCACUACCCAUUGCCUUUUAUUGAUCAGAUGUUGGAGAGAUUGGCAGGGAAGUCCCACUAUUGUUUCCUUGAUGGAUACAUAGGAUAUUUUCAGAUUUGCAUCGCUCCUGAGGAUCAAGAGAAGACCACCUUCACUUGCCCCUUUGAGCAUUGCAUGGGGGUUUUCAUGGAUGACUUCUCGGUUUACGGUUCAUCAUUCGAUGUAUGUUUGGAAAAUUUAUCUCAAGUUUUGAGUCAUUGCAUUGAGAUAGAUUUGGUUUUAAAUUUUGAGAAAUGUCACUUCAUGGUUGAACAUGGAAUUGUUCUAGGUCAUAUAGUUUCUAGGAAAGGUUUUUAUAGGAGAUUUAUACAAGACUUCAGCAAAAUUGCUCUUCCAUUGACUCAGUUAUUGCAGAAGAAUGUGACUUUCCAUUUUGAUCAGAAGUGCAGAGAGGCUUAUGAGAAGCUGAAAGAAGCUCUUGUUACAGCACCCAUCAUUAGCCCACCAAAUUGGACCCUUCCUUUUGAGUUGAUGUGUGAUGCUUCAAAUUAUGCAGUGGGAGUUGUACUUGCACAGAGAGUGGAUGGAGCACCACACAUCAUAUUUGUUGUGUUCUCAUGUAAUGUAUUUUCUGAUCAUGCAGCUUUGAAGUACCUCCUCAAGAAACCAGAUGCAAAGCCUAGGUUGAUCAGGUGGAUGCUUCUACUCCAAGAAUUCGACUUGGGCAUACGCAAUAGGAUUGGACAGGAGAACCUAGUGGCAGAUCACCUGAGCAGGAUCGAGGGAGAAUUUGACCUCACGGAUAUUGUUGAUAAAUUUCCAGAUAAGUGCCUCUUACAACUGCAUGAUGAGCCACCAUGGUUUGGAGUACCCAGGGCGAUUAUCAGUGAUCAAGGGUCUCACUUUUGUAAUAGACACAUGAAAGUUUUGCUAAGCAAAUAUAGGGUUUUGCACAAGAUUUCUACUCCCUGCCACCCUCAGACAAAUGGGCAAGCUAAAGUAUCUAAUAGGGAAGUUAAAGCAAUUCUUGAAAAAACUAUGGGACUAGACAGGAAGGACUGGAGCAAAAGGCUUGAUGAUGCAUUAUGGGCUUAUAAAACUGCUUUCAAGAUGCCUAUAGGAAUAUCUCCAUUCAGAAUUGUGUAUGGAAAAGCAUGCCAUCUACCAGUGGAAAUUGAGCAUAGGGCAUAUUGGGCAGUAAAAGCAUGCAACUUCGAUACUAGCACAACUAGAGAGGAAAGGAAAUUGCAACUUCAAGAACUUGAGGAGAUUAGACUAGAAGCCUAUGAGAAUUCACAGAUUUAUAAGGAAAAGACUAAGAACUUUCAUGACAAGCACAUUGUGGAAGUUGCUACUGGUCAAAUAUUCAAAGUGAAUGACCACCAACUCAAGAAAUUUCAUGAGGGAGUUAAUGUGCUAGAGGAGGACAGUUUGGACCACAUUGAUGCCAUUUACCCAACUUGA